UUGAAGACCGGAGUGUUAUAAAACCGAGAGACACAGAGGAGAGAAGACGCCCUGCAGAGGCUCUCAAACACGCCAGUAGCUUUUAGCGUUUUAACUAUUUUAACACAGACACGCGUGGAGGCAUCCUUUAACCUCCGCAUGCCCGAGGGUCGCGUGUUCCCGGUGUGGCGGGGGAUCGGGGUCGGUGCUGGCGGGGGGGGCAGCUGGAUCCAGGACUGGGGCCGCUGCCUGCAAUGGGAGCCUGACAGUCCAGGAGCAGGGGCCCGGAUCCCGGUGUUCGACUACCCCGUGUGGGUCGUCCUCUGUCAGGGGGGACGCGCCAAGCUCAGGGAGGUCUGUCAGAGAGGGAGGGGGGCCAUCAGACUGCCCAAAGACAUGCUCAGCAUCAAGCUCCCCCAGCUCUUCGACAUCCACCAAAUCCCCAAGGUGUUCAGGGAGGAAAGCAUCAUCUCUGGAUACCGCCACCCCCACAGCUCAGCGCUGGACUGCGUCCUCAGCAGCUUCCGGAUGAACAACGAGACGGUCAACAUCUGGACCCACUUCCUGCCAACAUGGUACUUCCUGUGGCGUUUCUUUGCGCUCUGCUCCACGAUGAACUUCCUGACGGACAGCUACACCUGGCCGCUGCUGGUGUACAUGCUGCUCAUCUGCAUCUACCCCUUCACCUCCAGCUGUGCUCACACCUUCAGCACCAUGUCCCCAGAGUCCCGCCACAUCUGCUACUUCUUCGACUACGGAGCCAUCAGCCUCUACAGUCUGGGGUGUGCCAUAAGCUACGGGCAUUAUGUCAUGCCAGACGGCUGGGUGAACACCUGGCUCCAUCAACACUUCGCCCCCAUCGCCAUUGGAAACACGGUGCUGUGCACCAGUCUGUCCUGCUAUUCCAGGUUCCUGGAGCUGCAGUUCCCCCAGAGGAGUAAAGUCCUGAGGACGGGAGCGUUUGUCCUUCCUUUUAUAUUUGACACUGUUCCUCUGUUUUACAGGAUCCUUCUGUGCUGCGGGGGAAACUGCCUCCCGAGCGAGGCCCUGUCCAGUCACUGUUACCACCUCGUCUUCGCCUUCCUCACCUGUUUCCUGUUUACCUCCCACUUCCCGGAGAGGUUGGCCCCCGGGCGCUUCGACUACUUUGGCCACAGCCACCAGCUGUUCCACAUCAGCGCCGUGGUGGGGACCCACUUCCAGAUGGAGGGUGUGAUGGCGGACAUGGCGUCGCGGCGGACGUGGCUCCUGGCCCACGGAGCCGGGCCCUCCUUCCUGGGGACCAUCGGGGUGCUGGUGGCCAGCCUCGUCCUCAACCUGGGCAUCAUCGGCAUUUUCAGCGCCCCGUUGCUGUGGAAAUCGUGCCACAGCUCCAACCAGCCGCACACCUCCGCCUGCGAGUGCAAGGAGAAGUGACAAAGUGUCUCGGGCAGUUUGAGAUGACUAACAGUCACCGUAUAGCUCGUUUAACACCCAAGAUAAAGAUUUUGAAGCAUCACGUCCACAGCUCAAAGUAUUUCUCUAACACCCUGACUCCUGAAGUAUUCAUUCAUGUGUUCACUCAGCAGCUGAGGACCCAGUCGCCUUUAUUGAAGCCUUUUUCUGAUGCUACAUUAAGCUCCUAUUUGAGAAUACAUGUUUGCCGUGUACAAAAUGUUUAUUUAUUUUCCCCAAUGUGCAUCUUAAAAAGGCGCUGGGUUGAAGGAAGCUUGCUGAGAAGUGCCUUAUUGUAGACCCACACUUCAUUUACAAUGUUUACAGUUCAUCACUAAAAGUCCAUUUCAAAUCUCAAACUGGAAACAUCUAAUAUCGCAGGGAUUAUUAUAAAAAAAAUGGUUGCAUAUACGAGGCCAGAAUCUCCUUUUACGUUAUUAAGGAUUUAUUGAAAAUAUUCUUUGUAACUGGACUUCUUGGUUAGUGUGUGUUAAAGCAGUGUUUCGGCUCUCCUUAAUACGAUGCAGAUUGGUUGCCGGCUCUUAUACAUCCACCUAUUGAUUUCACUCUGCAGGGACGGGAAUGGAUUUGCAGAUCAUGUGGUUUCUUUUUUUCUGAUUGCCUGCCUUAUUAUUAACCCCACAAUCCACUCUCAAAAAUCUUACAGCGCGGCGGUGAUUAAAAGACGGGUACCAUUUUUAUAAAGGUACAUUACCAUGGCAACACUAUAGUGGCCUCAUGCCCCCUGAAGGUCUUGAACAAUUGUUAUGUUCAGAGCAAACGGCAUCAUUUUUCUCUUGUUCUUCCAUCACAUAUCUGCUCCGAACAUUUGUCACGUACAAAAGCACUGAAAUUCCGCAUUUGCAUUUUUCCAUUACAGUCACAUUUCUAACCCUUGAGGUUUAUAAUUUAAAAGUUAAGAAUGAAAAGAUAUGUAAAGAAGUAUUUUCAGUCAGAUUGGAGUCUUUGUGUUGCAGUACUUUGGUGGACAUGCAGUUUAACAAACUAUCACUGUUUUAUAAAUGCACCACUAAACUAAUAAUUGUAUAUUUAAAAAAAUGUAUUAUAUUUAGUAAUAAACAGGAAUUUGGGGUACUGUAGAUCAACGGUACAAUUAAUGAUGUUAUUAAAGUUCUUACUAAAAUAACAACGUUGUAAUUUGCAUCUGUUUAAAACAAGCAGGAAAAAAAAAGACAGAUAUUGGGUUUACAAUUUUUGGCAUCUUUCUCUUCAACCCUUAUUUCUUACCUCGUUGUAAACUUAAUAUCUUUAGGUUUUGGCUUUCUUACCUCGACAACUCGGCAAAGGGCAUUUUCUUUGUGUAUUUUAUGGACAAAACAAUUGAUGGAAAAACUGGCAGAUUAGUUAGGUAAAAUUUCAAAUCAAUUGCGUUCAAAUGAUGUGGUUUCUUUCACUUAUUUUAAGAAAAUAAUAUGUCAGGGACCUAAAUCACGUAAAUUGGAUAAUUGAAUCAUGUUGUCAUAGCAGUACUGUACAUACAAACUAUGCUUCAGACACUGGCAAAGAGGUGUUUAUAGGCUUUAAUGGGACGGGGUCUAAACAUUUGAGUUGUAGCGCUAACAUGUAGGUACAGUGUUCAACAAAGCUGCUCUUACUUGACAAAUGGUUUGGAAGGCACAUCUGUAUAAAACCAGUGUAUGCUUGUAUGGCACACAUUCACACUAAAUACCACUAGUAACACCAUUGGAACUCACACUCACACUCACACUCACACUCACACACUUUUCUUAUAGCUGUGUUGGUAUAUGUUUUAAUAAGAGGGUUAAUGUAUGUGAUAUUAUGGGAUGAGGUGCGUUACAGGUCCGUGUUGGAUGCUGAGGUAGAAAUGUGGGACGGAUUGAAUUUGUAGAUUCACAAACUCACACAAGAACACACACUUUGUAUCGGAGCAGGGGAGAGGAGAUGUUCUGAAGGUUAGUGUGUAUAAAUAUCACGUCGGCCUUCAUGUUGCAGACAAAACAGAGCAGUAUUUGCCCUCAAUGGCAGCGACUAUUUUUGUUUUAUCUCCACCCCUGCCCACCGUGGAUCGAUAUUUAAUUUUCUCGACAGUCAUCAUCUUACAGCGUUCCUGGGUUUGACCCUGUUGAUUCUUGGAAUUGCAUCAUUACUGGCUUCUGUGGUGGUUCUCAGCCAUCGACCCAAACCAGUUUGGAACUCAUUUAUUUCUGAGCUGCUGUUUUCUUCUGUCAUCUCACUCGGCCGUUUGGUGCCUGCACUGUUUCCAGCAGUUUGACGGCUAUGAAGCUCGAAGAUGCUUCAACAUCAAAAAGAUCGAUGCGGAUCGAUGCUUUUUCUGAACAACAUUUUUGCAUUUAUUCUGAAAUGAUCAGUUCUGAGCCCAGAAAUUCUCCAGACCACACCACUGUACCUCUGCUGUUUUUCACAGUGAACUUGUUGGAUUACUCCUCAGUGAGCAGAUCAGGUUGUAAUUAUCAGGAAAACUGGGCACUUUUCUUGCGACGACUCUUUAAAAACAAAUACAGCGUGUUGAAGGAUGCUCAAAUAUGUGGAAUAGAGAGAAAAGAUGAGUGCAUAAUGAAACAUUUGAUACAAGAAUACAAAACGGGGUUUGGCAGACUCAAAGGUGCCUUUUUUAUUUUGUUUCAUUGUGUCUGUUUAAAAAAAACUAAAACAACAAACUACUCUUAAAAUGUAUAAAUACUUAUGUGUUCUUUCCUGUGUAUAAUGUGUAAUUUGCUAUUUUGUUCUAAUAGACUUGUGUAAUAAAUUAAGCUUUUUAUAAGUGUAAGAAUUCUCACUGGAAUCAUUUUAAGUGUCUUAAAAACAGAUGAAAUGUCUGUUUUUACAUUCAUAGCAUGUUAUCAAUAGGAAUGUCUUAAACACAGUUUAGCAGACAUACUUAAUCAUUAUUAUUUUAACUACAGAAUAAAAUAUGCAUGUUUA